AUGACUAGGAAGGAUUCUGCCAGCACUCCUCCUGCUAAACCUCAGUCGACAGAUACGGGGCGUGGGAAGUCCAGUUUUAAUACUGAAAUUCCUGAGGAACAAGUAGUUGUCGAAAAAACGCCUGAGAAAAUUCUGGAGGAAACAGCCCCAGAGGAAGAUGUCCCCACAAGUGACCAUGAUAUGCAAACCGUAGAAGAAUUCGACACUACAGUGGGUGACGCCUCUGAAGAUGAAUCUCCUCCUCAUCCAGGAUUGCAUGUUGCACCUCAAGGUGGUGAUAUUGAAAUGGAGGUUGUGGUCGAAGAUGACCCUGAAAAUGGAGCUGCCAGAGACGGGGACAAUCAGUCGAAACGAACAGAGGUCGAGCAUACUUCGACGCGAAACACUCCACCUGCUCCUGACCGGGAUUCUUCUCAGAGCAGUUCGACCACUUCUGGGGCAACUUCUGAAGCACCAUCACUUGGCAGCCUCCUGACCAAGAUCAAAACGAAAAUCCUUGAUGUCGAUUUGUUUAAAGUCUUGGAAGAGAAUUCCCUUGCUCAAAUUGGUCUUAAGAAACUCUUAAAGCAAGUGAAUGUUUUGGAAACUUCUGCUGAGAUUGGAAGUUUUGUGAUGGAGUUGAUGACUCUCAUUGACUUGGCCACUGCAGAUCUCCAUCGUCUGACGGAUCUUACCGCUCAAAUCUCCUCCAAGUCUGAAACUCAAACUACUGAAUGGGAUGCCGUUUCGACUUCGACUGACAAAGUUUCAAAAUUGCAAAAGCUUUCUGAAACGUAUGUCGAAGAAGUUGCUGCUUGUAAUGACAAUAUUCAAAAAUGGAAAACACAGAUAGCAGCCCUUCAAGAAAAGAUCUCUCAAGAGGAGAAACGUAAGCAAAGAGAGAAUCCGCCGGUGUUUAAAGGGAAGCAUGAUCCAGAUGCAGCCUUGGGAUGGUUGAAAGAGAUCGAGAGAAUCUUCCGUGUUAUGGAUUGCACUCCAGCUCAGAAGGUUCGGUAUGGUACUCACAUGCUAGCAGUCGAAGCUGAUGACUGGGAAUUCAUGAGAAAGUAUUAUCCGGAAGAUGUCCGUGGUAAGAAGGAAAUUGAGUUCCUUGAGCUGAAGCAAGGAAACAUGUCUGUCACUGAUUAUGCUGCAAAAUUUGUGGAGUUGUCCAAAUUUUAUCCUCAUUACACUGGUGCUGGUGCUGAAUUUUCAAAGUGCAUCAAGUUUGAAAACGAACUGCGCUCUGAAAUUAAGAAGGCUGUUGGGUAUCAGAAGAUACGCAUUUUUACUGAAUUGGUUGAUAGCUGCAGGAUAUUUGAAGAAGACAAUAAUGCUCAUUACAAGAUUGUCAGUGACCGCAGGGGCAAGCAACAUCAAAACCGUGGCAAGCCGUAUGAUGCCCCAGUGGGAAAAGGGAAACAAGGAGCUGCUCCGGCUCAGAGGACUAGUAGGGGAGGUGAUCCUGCUGGUAUAGUUUGCUUCAAAUGUGGUCAGGCUGGUCAUAAGAGUAAUGUAUGCACUGCUGAAGUAAAGAGGUGUUUUCGCUGUGGUAAGACUGGCCAUGCAAUAGCUGAUUGCAAGCAUAAGGAAAUGAUUUGUUUUAAUUAUGGCGAAGAAGGGCAUAUUGGAAGUCAGUGUCAGAAGCCAAAGAAAUCUCAAACUGGAAAAGUGUUCGCAUUGACCGGAACUCAAACCUCCAGUGAGGACAGACUUAUCCGAGGUACAUGUUUCAUAAAUGGUACUCCUUUAAUUACUAUUAUUGAUACCGGUGCUACACACUGUUUUAUUUCUGCUAACUGUGCUCGAAGACUGGGUUUAAAAUUGUCCGCUUUGGAUGGUGAAUUGAUUGUUGAGACCCCAGCUAAGGGAUCAACAACUACUUCCUUGGUGUGUUUAAGUUGUCCUUUAUCGAUCUUCGAUAAGGAUUUCUAUGUUGAUUUAGUAUGUUUGCCGUUGGAUGGGAUGGAUGUAAUUCUUGGUAUGAACUGGUUAGAGUAUAAUUAUGUUCAUAUAAAUUGUCAUCAUAAGUCGGUGAGGUUUUCCACUCCUGAAGAGGAGGGAGUUGACUUAUUACCUUUCAAAGAAUUGCGAAAAUUGAUGAAAGAGGGAGCUCAGAUGUUUUCUUUGAUGGCGACGUUGUCGGUUGAGAGUAAAGCUAAGAUUGAGGAACUGUUAGUGGUGAAAGAAUUCCCGGAAGUUUUUCCCGAUGAAAUUCCUAGUGUGCCGCCAGAGAGGGAAGUUGAAUUUACUAUUGAUCUGGUACCUGGUACUAGGCCUGUUUCGAUGGCACCGUAUAGAAUGUCGGCAUCUGAAUUGUAUGAAUUAAAGAAGCAAUUGGAAGACUUA